AUGAACUUCAAUUUGAAAGCAGCAGGUACUCUACUUUCCCGAGCCAAACAGUUUACUGAAGAAAAGCUCGGACAAGCAACUGAUCGAACUGAAUAUGAUGAUACUUUUGAAGAAAUGUUAGCACGAGCUGAUCGAACAAAAAUAUGGACGGAACGAUUAGCAUCGCAUGUUGAAACUGUUCUUCAACCUAAUAUUAAUGAACGUCUUGAAGAAUUUAUACUAACAAAACUUGAUCAAAAAAGUUUAAAUAAACCAAAUAUUCAUGAACAACUUGGUCAUUGUAUGUGUGAAGCAGGAAAUGAUUUUGGUCCAUCAACACAAUAUGGUUCCGCAUUGAUUAAAUGUGGUCAAUUUCAUCAAAAAUUAGGUCUUGCUCAUAAAGAAUUUAUUCAUUCCGUAGCUACUAGUUUUAUGCAACCAUUAAAAAGUUUUCUCGAUGGUGAAAUGAAGUCAUUAACAAAAGAACGUCGUACAUUAGAAAUGAAACGUCUUGAUCUUGAUGCAGCAAAAUCCAAAAAGAAAAAGUCAAAAAUGACUAAUAGUACUGCAACAACAGCAAUGGCCGAUAGUUCAGAUAUUGAAUUACGUCAUGCACAAGCCGAAUUCGAUCGUCAAUUAGAAAUAACUCGUUUAAUGCUUGAUGGAUUAAAUAAUUCACAUAAUCAUCAUUUACGUUGUUUAAAUGAUUUAAUUGAAUCUGAAUUACAAUAUCAUCGACAAUCUGUUCAAAUACUUGAAGAUUUACGUAAACAACUUGGUUUAACAAAAUUAACAGUAAAUUCAUCUACUGCUCCAUCAACACCUCGUACUAUGCAAACACCACGUACUGCAAUUGUUAAAUUUGAUUAUGAUGCAUCAGAUCAUAAUGAACUAAGUGUUUUAGCAAAAGAAACCGUAAAUAUUAUUCCAGAUAAUAAUGAAAAACUAUCUAAUGAUGCAGAUUGGAUAACAAUAGAAAGACCGCAUACGAAAGAACGAGGACGUGUACCACGUGCAUAUUUACAUAUUGAUACCUCCUUUUCUUAA